AUGGAAAUCAUGAGCAGCGUAAAACAUGGUGAGGCCAGGACGAGACGCGGUUGCCGCAACGUGUCCUCUGCGUCUCUGCCCAGCGCCGGGCCGGCAGAUCGAUGCACACGAGACGAGGGACUGCCAGACAGCGCGAGUCCGCUGAGAGAGUGUGUCCGAGACGGAGGGUGUUGGUUGACCUUGUUCCGCCUUGUCAGACGAAAGCGCAAGUGCGAGGGACGCUCCAUGUCCAAGUGCCGGUGAAAACACACAAUUUGCAAGAAGCAGGUGACAGAAGAGACUUGGAAAUGACAAUAGUUCCAAUUUCAAACUGUUGGCUUUUUCGGCUAAAAUUUUUUCUUCCAAUUUUACUUUUCUCAAACUGAAAUAUCGAAAGUUGCACAUUGGCUAUAGUUCAUCCACAGCUGUUUUUAGGAAGUAUUACGCGAACAGGAUAGUAGGCAAAACAAUAGACUAGAACGUCUUUAGUAGUUUUGCUGAAGGGAAAAUGCAAAGUUAUCAAAAAACUUUCUCUGACGAGCAGAAAAAAUUUCCUCAACAUGUCUUGCAUUAACAAUUGUUUAAUUCAUAGCUUUACUAAUCAUAAAAAAUGUCUGCGAAAUCUUGUUAAAAAGUUUUAAAAAGUCAUUUUAGCGAAAAAAAAUUAAAAUUUUUGCAAUCACUAAGCUUUCAGCCAAUCAAAAAGGUUUUCGAGCAAGUAUAAACUAUUGGAUGAAGAGAAGUAAAACAGAAAGUCUACAGGGAAUCGUACAAUACGCGGCACAAAGAGGAGAUAGAAGUUACGACGACCGGCCAGGAGACAAAAAACGAGAAAAAUGAGGAGUGA